AUGUCGGCAAUCGUGCAAGGCCCACCAAUGGGCACACCAUGGAAUCAAGGAAUCGGCUACCACCGGAUGACGUCAGUGGAAGAACUCGACAACUCGCUCACUCGAUUACGCCAUGCGCAUCAAGUAUCUCGAUCCGCUUCCACAAUGACCCCGCCUGGGUCUCCGUACACGGCACUUUCCCCUGAGCAGAGUGUUGCUGAGGCGGAUGACGGGGGAUUGGCCGCGUUGCCGGAAAGUCCCCGUUUCCCUGAAGAUCUCCAUCCAAAUACUCCAAUCACUCCUGAUCUCAAGAAACAAAUCUUUGUGCGGGUACCUGAAGUGCUUGUGAACUCUUCGACGACUCAGCUCAAUGUGAUCGCCAUCGAUAACAAAAUUGAGAAGCUAUGGAUCUCUGUCAAAACCCAUCUCACAUUCGCCAUCCGAGCAGUUAAAGUCGAAGUUCUACGGAGCACCAUCAAUGGAAUUAGGCGCCGCCGCUGUCUGACAUUGAUGCCGCAUCCCGACCUGAAUGAGCGAAUGCUUUGGGGUGUUGGUGGA